CACGUGGUGUACUUGAUGAACAGGUUUGACUGUUGACGCAGUUUAAGCCGAGUUAGUCUUUUACUUACGUUACUCUGGUAUAUGCAUGAUCUUACUGUUGUUCGCAAGCUUGCCAUUCUGAGUCGGUCCAUAUCGUUAGCACGCAGUUUGCUUCAUUGCGACUAUACGGACCGUCGUGACGGAAAGACGGCAUCGACAGUCUUGUUGAAAAGGACCCCAGGAGAAAGUUGUCGCCAUAAGUGAAAGUGGGUAGGCCUGGGAGCCUCCGGCAUUUUGGCGGGACACAAGAUGGCUGGCAUCCGGAGUAUCAUGUGGGACGGCUGGGCCCGCGCGCCGAAAUCCUGUACUGUCUGUCAACAAGUCUCCGAACACCCCUUCACCAUGACGUGUAACCACGUCCUGUGCGAGACGUGUCUGGAGGAAUGCUCCCGCGGCAGGGGGAGGACCAACUUUAAGUGCCCGUCCUGCCGAAGACCUGUCAAUCUCGGCAGGCUCUCUGUGCUGUCUUCUGUUUCUUCACAAGAUCACGACGUUGAUCGUCUGAAAAGCGAGAAGAUCCACACAGUGUCCGCGAUAGAAGAGAAGCCGGAGAUGAUGAGUCCCGACCCGGGUGUCCUGACGGAGAAGCUGAGGAACAAGCGGCUGCUGCAGCUGGAGGACACGAGCUGUGACGAUCACCUGCACGAGGGCUUCAGGUACUUCUGUCUGCGGUGUGACCGCCCCAUCUGCGAGGAGUGUCUUCUGGGAGAUCAUAACGAGCACAAGGUCGCCAGACUGGAGGACGUCAAACAGAAGAUCAGGAAACAGAUCAACGGUCUCGUAGACCAGAAUUCCGGCCGUUUAGAUGAGCUGAAGGACAGUCUGGACGUGCUAGGACAGAUGGAGCUGGAGCUAGCCGCUGAGAAGGCUGAUGCCGAGACCGACAUAGAGGAGCACGCCCGCAAAGUCACUGAAGAAGUACAGAGGCAAAAACUGGAGCUUCUCCGGGAGCUGAACGAAGAAUACGAGAGGGCACAGCAACCAAUGAGCAGUGACUUUCACAAGGUGUCCACCACUGUCAACGCCUACGAAGGUGCGAAGAGAGCAGGUGACAGGGGCGAUGUCCUGGAGAUGUUGAGGUGCAGAAAGCUGCUGGCCGAACUGUCGAGAAAGUCUGUCAUUCCCGUCUGCCAGACUGUCAAUCAUUUUGAAUUCCGACCGUCUAACCGCCCCGUCGAGUUGGGCAAGCUGCUCGCCCGUCAGACAGGCAGAUCCCAGGGCUCAGGCUCCGUGCCGGUCCGAGGUCCCUUUGCGGGGGACAUUCCUCCCGUUUCGUACCGUGAUGACCCACCAAGUCCACCUGACAAAGACCAAGACAGAAUGCUGAAUGCUGCCCUGGCAGACAUGAUGUCGGAACCAACAGCUGCAGACGAAGUCCACGCAGGAGUCUCUCCCUGGUCUUUCAACGGCCCGUCUUCGGGAUCAACAGACGUGAGAGUUCAGACUCCGAGGGCAGCGACUCCCCCGGUACCUCACGUCAAUGGUACAGCCGAGCCCGUCAACGUCAAUGUUCUGAACAGUGCUCCACCCAAGGGCAUUCAGGUUCUUCCACCACAUCCUCCUCCUUCACAACAACAACAACAACAACAACAGCAACAACAACAACUACUACAACAACAACAACAACAACUACAACUACAACAACAACAACAACAACAACAACCUCCUUUACAAGAUUCCCCUCCCUCGCAUCUUCCCCCACCUCCACCGGAGAGGCAGAUUCAGCCGAAACCUCCGGAUCUCCAGUUCGGCAGCCCCGGGGACCAGCUGGGGGAGUUCACGGAUCCUGUCCGGGUCAGGGUCUCGGACACAGGCGACAUAUUCGUCCUGGAUCGCAAGAGGAAAAGUAUCAGCGGUCGCCUCCACAAGUUCAACUCACAGGGCGUACUGCUGAAGACGUUUGGAACGAGAGACAUCUACCCUGUUUCAUUUGUGUUGAACAGAGACAGGACAUUCUCCAUCAUGGACAACGAUCAGGAAGGCGUCAUCAUACAAAGGUACAGUGAAGAAGGAGAUCCCAUCCAGGAAAACGUCUUCAGUCCCACCGGCGGCGGGAAGUUCAAAAGUCUGCGUGACGCCACCGCUCUUCCUGGUGACGAAAUCGCCGUCAUCGACAACGCAGGGUUGGUGUGUGUCAUCAACAGCCGGGGAGAAGAACAACGGCGAUUCAUGGUCCACCCAGAGAACAAAGUGAAACGUCGGACGUCCUUCGGAAGCAAGAAGAAUCUGACCAAAGGGGACUUCUACCUCGGCAGCAACCCGCAGAACGGAGACAUCUUGGUGGCCUCGGGCUUCGACCAUUCCGUCAGAGUCUUCGACAGCCUCGGCAAUCUCCGUGUCCAGUUCGGAUCAGUCGGCAAAAAAGAGUCCAACCUGAAGGCACCCAAAGGCAUCUGUGUUGACCAGGAUGGGUACGUCAUCGUGGCUGACUCCGGCAACACGCGCGUGUCGGUGUUUAACGACAGGGGGCGCUUCGUGGGGCACGCCGCGGUGCGCUCCGGUGGGCUGGUCAAACCGUACGGCAUCGCGCGCACGGGCGACGGGAAGAUCGUCGUGUCUGAUACUGGAAAGUGCUGUUGCUAUGUGUUCAAUUCACAGUAA